AUGUUCAUGAAGUCAAAAAUCGCAGAGCAAGGGCCGGUAACGAGGUGGGACAUUGAGCAGGAGCCGCUCACCUUCAACCGAAGCAUCUUGCCGAACGGGAAGAAGCCUCUUGGGAAGCAGAAGGCAGCACAGGGUUUGGAGCUGUAUAAGCUGGGAGACUUCAUCGCUACUGCAGAAGGCGGGACGAGGUCCAUCAAGACCCUAGAAAUCUUGACGAGGGAGAUGGGGACCAAGGAAAAGGCGCGAAGAGCGCUGAAAUUCUUUAAUUGCAUCCCGGAUUCAUGGAAGCACAAGCUAUUGGCGCCGCUCACCGGGGAGGAGCUGCUAGCGGUGUCGAAGCAUGUGAAGCUGGUGGGCGCCAUCGGCCCCUGGAAAAUUGACAGAGUGGAGCACGGAGAACUAGUCUGCCGAGCAUGUGACUAUGGGGGUACACCUCUGGAAGGGGAAGCUGAGAGGGUUGUUACGCUAAGCCCGCGCGCAGUGCAGCCGUUGGUUGUUCGGAAAGGCCGUGUAAUCGGUGUUGCAGGGCUGCCUGAGGUGAGGCUGAGGGUUUCGGAGCUCUGCGCGGAGGACCAGAUUCCCCCUUUUAAGCUGCUGCGGGGUCUCUUUGAGGUGCAGAGGGGAGAGGCGCGCCAGCAUGCUAAAUGGGCAGAGGAGUGGGGAAGAUGCAUUGAUUGGACCAACGUCAUCAAGCUGGAGAGCCAUCUCCGCAGUCUCAACCACGAGAUGCAGCACUUCUCCGAGGACCUCAAGCAAGGUGAGGGUGGUGAGCAAGGUGAGCGGAGGGAGCAAGGUGAGCGGAGGGAGCAAGGUGAGGGGAGGGAGCAAGGUGAGCGGAGUGAGCAAGGUGAGGGGAGUGAGCAAGGUGAGGGGAGUGAGCAAGGUGAGCGGAGUGAGCAAGGUGAGCGGAGUGAGCAAGCUGCCUCCCCAGCAGCAGGGGGCGGGGGAGGGGCGCGGGGGUGGGGGGAACUGAAGGGGGAAGGGCGGGGGUUGAGUGCUGUGGCUGUGCUAGCAUCUGGCAGUGGUGGGGAGGGGGGGGGAGGUGGGGGAGGUGGGGGAGGGGGUGUGGGGGAAGCAAAAGGGGAGGCGUGGCAAGGAAACCAGGAGAGGGAGAGCGAGAGAGGGGCAGGGAGGGAAGUAGGGAGGGAGGCAGGGAGGGAGAGGGAGUGGGAGAGGGGAGGAAGGGGUGCUGCCCUCAUGCCGCCUCCUGCUGCCCUCCCGCUCUCUAGGAAGAAGGGAGGGGUGGGCAGGGGCGUGCCGGUGGGGGCAGGUGGCGAGAGGAGGGAGGUGCCCGAGGGAGGGGCAAUAGUGCAGGUGUAUGAGCCGACGUAUUGCACAUGCGGGCAGGUGUGCUUUCUUCUUUCCUUUCCCUCCCUCGUCUCGUUUUUCGGUCUUCGUAUCAAACUAUGCAAGUUACUGUCGUUUAUCCGUUUUAACUUCCUUUCAUAUGCGGGCAGGUGUGCUUUCUUCAUUCAUUUUCCUCUUAAUCCGUUUCAACUUCCUUUCAACCCCCCGGUUUCAGUUCUGGCCGAUUCCUUCUCACAGUACCCCCCUUCCUCUUUUCUUGCAUUUCACCUUUCUAUUCCACUUACUGCCUGUCCACCCACACUUAUGGUGCCAAUGCCAGGUGUCGUUUGGAGACAUGAUCGCAUGUGA